UUGCAGCUAGGACCUGAAUUUCAUCGGUCCAGCCACAGCUACAAUGGCGAGAUCGCGUUCCCGCUCUCCACGAAGUAAUCUGCAGAUUGCUGAUCAGAAGAUCGUUUUCAUAGGCACCUCGACCAGAUUUGAUCUUGGACAGAAGUACUGCGGAGUCAACAACGGCCUUUUCAAGUGCAAAGAACGCGUCAAAGAACUUGGAGGUGAGGUUGUAGGCACUGUGGCGUCGGGGCGAAAGAUCAUUCCCAAGGAUGAGAAGAUUAUUGAGCGGGCCGAUUUGGUCGUCAAGAUGAGCAAUUAUGCUGACGUGGAUCUACAGAAGGCCGAAGCGGAACAAAAGAAAGUGGUCGACCAGGAGGCAUUUCUGGCGGCACUCUUUGAGACCACCGUGUUGAGACUGUGAAGGCUCAGCGAAAAAAUGGCUGCCGAUCCCGGGAAAAAAGACCUUUGCCGCAGCCGAAAUUGGAGGGAGUUACCAGGUGUCUUCGGACAUCCUGGUGGCUUCAUCUUGGAACCCUUUGGUUCCUUCGUUACAGAGUUGGGUUUGCCCCGCGAAUCCGGGCGUUCGGAUUUGGACUUGGUCAUCUUGUUUCACAACUACAAGGCCGAUAGCAAAGAGG